GUUUUAACAAAUUAGGAACAACCAGUUUUGUAACUCAUUAUAUAGAUACAGAUAAAGCUAAGCAAAUCAAGCAGCAUUUUUACAAAACAUCUUCUAAUAAGCAGAAAUUUUUAGAUAAAGAGUUAGAGUUGUUGGAAAGUUAG